CGGACCUGAAGCUGCGGUGAACGGUCAUGUCCCCGUCGUCUGCUGGAAGGUCUCGUGGCUGAAGCUGUGUAACAUCGAGGAGCCCUCCUAAGGCGCUCCAAAGCUCUCGCAUGGCUGGAAUGAGUUGGUUGAUGAUGCUUUGUCAGGCAUCGGACCCUUUUUGAGGACUUAAACUCCGAGACCCUCAAAACUAUGGACUCCCUCCGAUCCGAAGCCAUCAGAUUGAUAACUGUGUUUCUUCGAUUCUGACUUCAUGGCACAGGUGCUCCAGAAUCUGCUCCAGAUGAGGAUCUAACCUUAUAUAGAGACCGAUUCCAUGCCUGUGAAGUUGAUCAUUGAUGCUGUCUCUCCGUCACCUCUCACCAUGCAGGCCAUCAACAUCGUUGCUCUCGGUGCAUACCGUCACGUCGCUGCGAUGAUGGAAAAGCCCUUCGAGCACACUCUGUACCGAAUGGCCGCAAUCGUAGAUUUGAACAGCAGCCCCGAAUCCUUCACAUACUCUCCUCACAACCUUGGAGUUGUCCUCUACUCCCUUCAUCCACCUCCUCAGGUCUUCAUCAUUGGUGCCGCGAUUUCUGAGAGCAUGGCGGAGGAGUCAAUCGCUGUCUGGGAGGAUUCCAUUAAAAUUCGAGGGACCCAGGACACUUUGCUGAUCAAUGUGAGCGUUGAAGGUUGAUGGUGAUUUGGGAUUCUGCUUAUCAGACGUAGCUUCAAGCAGAACCACCUGCGGAUGGGAAUUGGAUGAUGGAGAUCAUGGGGAAACUUGACGGAAAAUACAAGAACAACAGGAACGAAC